AAGAAGAGGAAGACACAAGAUGGCCGCCGUCAACUUGCAAGAGUAAACAUUGGGGAUUUCCACUCGUACAGCCUCCCACAAGCCAUGAUAGAUACUUAGAGCGUGACGGAAGGGAAGAGGGAGGACCACAGGACAUAAAGAUGUCAAGUUCAUUUGUGAAAGACUGUUCUGACGUGUCGGCGCCGGGGAACACCAGCUCGGGAAAGACGGUGAUCAUCAUUGUGAACAACGAGACCGGCAAUGUGUCCCUGGACGGCAGUGAGCUCCAGAAUCUGUUGGCGAGCCACGGUGCUGAUGGAUCUCAGGUCAGCGUGGUGCGCAUGGGGAAUGGUGCCCAGGUCAAUGUGAGUGAGACUGCCGCCAGCACCGUCACUGCCACAGCUGAUGGAGCCCAGCAUGUCAACCUUACUGUGGAGGGCUUCCCAGGCAUCCCCGUGGAAGGACAGGUUGGGGCCACCGGUAACUAUGCCGAGCUGCCACUGGACGCUGAUGCCUUCCAGCGGCUGGAAAGUGUCCUGGACAGUGAAGAGGCAAGGGAGAUCCUGGGCAAGCCUCUCCUGGACAUGGUGGCCAAUCCGGAGCAGCUCGGUCCCCUGGAGGACCUUGUGGACACCUCUUUGUUUGAAGGGGAGUCCCAGUCUGGUUCCUUGGCGGGGUACACGAUGUCCUCCUCUGGCACUCCCAUUAGGAAGGCACAGAACGCCCCCAAGCGCCGGUCACAGCGACAGAUGGACAAAGCAGAGAGGGAGGAAGUGGAAAAAAUCUUAGCUGAGAAUCACAAGAAAAUGCAGGAGGAGAGGGAACAGCUAGAUGGCCGGCAAGUAUUGGUUCCUCUUGUCCCUAUCGUCCAACCAACCCUGUUAAGUAUGGAGAAUGAAAACCAGGAGGAGUUGGUGGCUGAGGACAGUGAAGCAGCAAAGGAGAAUGACACUGAGGAGAAAAUAAAAGGAAGUGAAGUAUUGUUGGUGAAAGGACGAGGGAGAGGCCGAGGAAGAGGUAGAGGGAGAGGAAAGGUUGAAGGAGACAGGGUAGGCAGCCAGGAGACAAAGGGUCGAGGAAGAGGGAAGAAAAAUUUGGAUGGUGAGGGAGAAGGAGCCACAAGAGGAGAGGAAAGUGGGAGAGGGAAAGCCAGAGGAAGAGGACGAGGAAAGACUGUCACUAUCAUCACAUCUGGUACCAAGGUGCAAGAUGGUCAGGGACAGGUGGCAGAUGAGUCAUUAGUGAAAAAGAAGAAAAAGAAGAAAAUAUGCGUUGUUGUGAGUAAGGAAGAGUGUAAGACAACUGAGCAGGAAGAACAGGAGGAAACAGACACCACACCAGCAAAUACAGAGCAAGCAGUUGAUUCCCAAGAGGAAUCAGAGGAUAAAAUCAAGAAAGUGGUGAAGAAGGCCCCACCAACACCUAAAAUCAUCCCACAGUUUGAGCCGGCACUGUUCUCCACCCCUGAUGUCAUGCACAAAGUAGGUGAAGGUCUUCCAGCACAUGCCAUCAUGGUGAAGGGGAAUGGGAAGAACAUCAAGGCCCAGAAAAUCCUCCUUGUCAAGAAACAGACCAAGAAACAAGAGAAUGCUGUCUCGGGCAUGAAGGAGGAGGUGAAGGAGGAGACUGAGGGUAUGGAUGUAAGUACCUUUGAACACAAUACAAAUCCAGAUGAUGUGGCUGUGAAAGAGGAGGAAGAGGAAGAGGAACAUGAGGGAGAGGAGGAUGGUGAGGCAGGGGAUGAAGAAGAGGAAGAGAGCAAACCAGAUACAACUGUGAGAGAGACUGGUAUUUUAAGUGGAGUGAGCAAAGUGGUAAAGAAGAGAGUGCCUGUCGGGGAAGGGAAGUCAAAAGUGAUCCAGGUGAGCUGCCCGACAGAGGUGAGGCAGGUGGUAGUGCUUAACUCAGCCAGGACUGGCAUGAAUAAAGAGACGCUAGUGAAGGUCAUCCCAGCCAAAGACCCUCCAAAAGAAGAAGAAAAGACACCAUUGAAAUUAAAAACACCAAAGAAGGAAGGCAAGCAACUUGUUAAAAAGAUAAGUCCAACAGUACCAGUAGCAACACCACAAGCAGUGCCAGCAACACCAACACCACCACAGGAAGGGGAGGCAGACAAAGAAAGCCCAAAUAAAGAGGAAAUCAAAACAGAACCUCAGAAAAAGCUCAUUAAGAAGAAAAAGUUAGGCUUGCAGAAAGGUGGGGAAUUGCACAAGUCCUUUGAGGAUAUUGUGCUUCAGAGGAAAAGAGAGGAAGCCCAGAGGAAAAAGGAGGAAAUACAGAGGAAGAGAGAGGAAAUACUCAGGAAACGAGAAGCUAUCAAGAAGCGGAAAGAGAUGAAGGAACAGGAGAUGAAAGAAGCCAUGAUGAAGAAAGAAAUGGAGAAGAACACCCCGCCUAAGGAAACACCAAAGAAGGUUGUAAAGGUACCUAACAGAGUGGUGGUGGUGAAGAAGGAGGUGGAGGAGAGCAAGAAGAAUGGGAUUGAGGUGGCGGGGAUCAAGCCACACACUGCAACACCCACCACCACCAUCAAAGUGAUCCGAAAGGUGGUGCCACAGUCUGCUCUCGCUUCCAAGGAUGAGUCACCUGUCCGCCGCAGCAACAGAGCCAUCAAGAAGAAGACCUUUGGGGAUGAGAUGCUUACCUAUGACCUGAAGGAGGAGCUUGUGUCAGACGUCAAGGAGGAGGCCGAGGAUGAAGUCAUUGAAGAGGAGAUAGUGCCGAGUGAGGAGGAAGACGAGUCCAUGGAGGAGGACGGGGAAGAAGACGACCCAGAGAGGCUGUGGUGCAUCUGCCAGAAGCCUCACAAUAACCGGUUUAUGAUCUGCUGUGACCGGUGUGAGGACUGGUUCCAUGGCUCCUGCGUUGGGGUCACCAAGGCCAUCGGCCAGCAGAUGGAGGAGGAAGGGCGUGAGUGGGUUUGUCCGAAGUGUAAAAAGACAGAACGUGCAAUGAAGGGAGUAGUGGUCUUAGGAAAGAAGAAACUAGAGAACACACUCAAGGCUUUCAACAAUCAGACAGUCAAAGCAGAGCUACAGACGCCACUGUCCCCAACCAAGGUGAAGAAGAUCAUCGUCAAGGCAGAGGAAACAGAGAACCAGGUGGAGGUUAAGAAGCCCAUGGAACCCAAAAAAGCCCCUGAACGGAAGCUGGGUAGCCUGUCUGGUUUUACUAUUCCCAAGAAGGUGAAUAUCGUGCAUGAGAACGCCUCUCAGCCCAAGAAGACGCUGGGUGAUGAGAAGAAAACUGGCUCUCCGCAGGUUAUCAAAGUGGCACAGAAGAAAAUGUUUGAUGGAGGACGAGAGGUACAGGAGUCAGCCCGGGGUGUGGGGUCCUUGGAGAAGACCAAGCCCAAGGUGUUGGUGUACCAGAAGAGCACAGGGAAGAUCAUUUCAGGUUCUGAGGGUCCUACCUUUGAGGAGCUGAAGGACUGGCUGAAGGAGCACCCAGACUGUGGCAUCCUUCAGCCAGGGAUGAUGAAUGCUUCGGGGACAGUUGUGAGCCAGGCCUCCACCACACUCAACAGCCAAAAGAAAGUGAUCCAGGUGGCCAAGUCAGCGACAGGUCCAGCAGGCAGCUCACCACAGAAGGUCACUGUGGUCAAGUCAGCUGAUGGCCGGGUCAUUGUCAAGACUUCAGAGAACAUGGAGAAGGAGGCGCUGACCAAGGUGGUGAACACGGUGACCUCACAACCCACUCCAAAGACUGUCAUAGUGAGCACGGUGAAGACUGCCACGUCCAUAGUGAAGGAGGUGAUGGAUGAGAAGAAGGAGGUGUCACCCUUAAAGAAGGAAGAGCCAGUCCCUGUGAAGACUCCAGUCAAGGAACCCAAGAAGACAGCAGUACCACCACCACCAGUGAAAACACCGCCUGCAGAGAAGAAGAAGGGAGACCACAGUGAGAUUCGGAGCAGCGUCAGGAAAACCAUGACUGAGGUGCUGAUCAAGCGUUUCAAGGAGACUAAGGAUGAGUUUCCCAAUGUUACUGAGGAUUCCAUCAAGAGUCUUGCUCAUGCCAUUGAGAAGGAGCUGUUCCUCUUCUUUGGCAAGGAUGUGGGCAUGAAAUACAAGACUCGCUACAGGAGCAUUCUCUUCAACACGAGGGAUUCCAAGAACACAGGGCUGUACCGCAAGAUUCUGAAGGGAACAAUAUCUCCGUCACAGCUAGCCAAGAUGACGUCCGAGGAGCUUGCGUCCAAAGAGCUGCUGGAGUGGAGGGAGAGAGAGGAGAAAAAGGAGCUGCAGGCAAUUGAGAAGCAUGAGCUAGAAAUGAUUGCUCUUGGUAACCAGUACAUCAUGAAGUCUCAUAAGGGAGAAAUUGAAAUUGACAAGGAUGAAUUCAUUAAGGAAAAAGAAAAAGCUCCUGAUCCCCUCAAUGCCUUGCCCCUGGACCCCGUGGCAGAGAUCCUGGAUGACACCACCUCCAGUCACAACAAUCACAUAUAUGAUCUCAACUGUAAGAUAUGCAAUGGCCAGCAAGAAGCUCCUCCAGAGAAAUCUCAGAAGGACAAAUCAAAAGAGAGAGACAAGCACAGCAAGGACUCCAAGAACCGUAGGAAUGACGAAGCUGCCAAAGUCCGGGACAGGAAGGAGAGGAAGAGCUCAUCAGAUAAAGAGAGGAAAGAGAGAAGGGAGAGUUCAGAUAAGGACAGACACAAACACCGCAGCAAAGACCACAAGGAAAAGAGCCGGGAUAAAGACCGAGACAGGGACAGAGAUCGAGAUAGAGACAGAGACAAAGAAAGAGACAGAGAUAAGGACAGGCACAAAAGCAGCAAGAGCAAGCAUUCCGAAGACUCCAAGGACAGGCAGAGAGAAAGGGAGCGUCACAAGAGUAGCAGCAGUGACAAAGAGAAGGACAGGGAGAGGGAGAGGCGGGAUUCAAAGGACAAGAAGCACCGAGAUAAAUACAGGGACAGGCGGGACUCAAAGGAUGAGAAAAGCAGUAAACGAAGGGACAGUGAAAAGGAUGACAGAAAAAGACGCCACAGUGGUUCUCGUAGUGAUGACCGGAGGAGGAGAGAGAGUGAGAAGGAGAACACCCGGCAGAGGGACAGUGGGUCAUUAGAGAAGCAGAAAGAUGAGGUUAGCACUAGUGAUGAUGUCGUGUUUGAUGUCAUUGGCAAGGAAUUGUCUUCCUUGUCUUCGCUUCCUGAUGGUUCUGCCAGGGAUGCUGAACCCUCUUCCACUGUGCUGGGGAGUCCGGACAUCCUAGAUCCAGCGUCACCAAUAUCAGAUGAUGACAUGAUGGCGUUACCUUCUGACUUGCUUCCCCCAUUGCCUCCUUCCUCCCCCAGUGCCGUCCCUCCACCUCCAGCUGAAGCAUACUCACCUUCCUCACCUCUCAAUUCUGAAAAGUCCCUAAGUCCUCAAUCACCACUCGAGAGAGACUCCCUGACACCUCCACCACUACCUGAAGGAGACAUGCCCUCAGCUCCUCCCCUCCCUGACUAUGAUGUCCCCUGCACACCUCCUCCUCCUGAUGAGUACAACCCUCACACGCCACCCAUGCAGGGAAGUCUCUCUGGUCUGAGGGAAUUGGGUAGAUCUCUGCUUAUUCCUUCAUCGCCGCCCUUGGAACACUCAACUACACCUCCUUUACCUGAGCCUCCCUCCACUCCACCUCUUCCCACCUCGCUUAACCCUCCUCGGCCAGAUUCCCCUGGCACUCCACCGCUUCCUGGAUCAGCUCCUCAACUCGGUGCCUCAACUCCACCUCACACUCCAAGGGGAUCAACGCCACCUCUCCCUAAAGAAAAGUCAGCAUUGGGCAGCCUCCAGGCUCCUGGUUUCAUGCCCGCCUCCCCAACAUUAUCAGACUACAAUAAGAACUCUGGCAGACUAACUCCCCCCAUUGUAGAAAAGUCUGGUGUGUCCUCCAAGCCUUCAGGUCCUGUGGUUAUUACCCCAGAACCUGAGAAUGUAUGGAAAGGAAUCAUUCACAUGCCAGAUGUAGCCAAAUUCAGUGCAUCAGCAUUUGAGGUGUCUGGAAAAGCUAAAUUUCUUCCAAAUGAUGUGCCUAAUACCAUAGAAGUUGUUGGACGCAUUGCUCCUGACAUGGUGUGGAGCUACAUUGCACAAAUGAAGAAGAGUGGAUCCAAGGAAAUUUUAGUUGUUCGCUUUCAACCUGCCAAUGAAGAGGAGAAGGUUUCCUAUAUUGCCUUGUACUCCUACCUGUCAUCCAAAAAGAGGUAUGCUGUUAUUGGCAACUGUGGCAAGUCUGUGAAGGAUUUCUAUGUUGUGCCUCUUGCCUCACACCAAACCAUUCCUCAGGUGCUCCUUCCCCUCAAUGGGCCAGGCUUUGAGGAGCAGCGGGCACACAUGCUCAUUGGGGUGAUAGUCCGAGCCAAGAGCAAGAGAGUGUUUGACCACACCACUGGCAACUGGAAAGUUGUCAGUGGGGGCCAAAGUGGGCCUCCCAUUAAAGCCAAUGCCUCCAUCAGCUGCACCUUCACUACAUGGGAGUGUCUCUUGAUAGUGAUGGUCUUUGAUCCUUCCUGUACAUGUCUUUCAAGAAGUGUGAUCAUUCCCUUAGCAGUUUUACUUAUUCCAGAUUUCAAUCAUAAGGAAUCAUUCUUGAGUGCACAGAAUGAAUUAUUUAUUAUGUAUUGUGUUAGGGAAGAAUUACUGUUGAGAUGCUUGAUACCACCACUCCUUGUUGUGUUAGGACUUCUCCCUUAAUUUGUUUGAAGUGUUUCAAUCUCCCUUGUGUUGAAAUUAUUGAGUGACCUGCUUCUCCAUGUAAGUAAAUGUACUGACACUGGACAGAAAAAAUAGUAGAGUCUGUACAAGUUUACUAAUGUAGUCUUUGGAAAAUGCAAAGAUCUGGUUAAGCCUUCCAGAUAUGUUAUGUCUCUUUACAAUGCAGUGUAGGAACAUCUGAAAGAACAGCUUGGAAAGAUAACUAGAUGUAAGUGAAGAAGAAAGUGAAAUCAUGUUAAUACUAGGAAAUUACUUAUUAAGUGGGUAAGUUCCAGGUUGUGUUGGUGUUAGGUAAACAUUCAGCUGUGAGUAUGAAAGUCAUUGCUAAUGGCAUUGCUACCAAGUGUCUAACCAUAAGUGGAGUUAGUCAUUGCUAACUGGUGUUGGGCAAACAUAGUAUGUAAGAAAGUGAGAGCUUGUGCUGGUAGUGGAAGUAUUGCAUGCCAAGGAGAAAAAAAUGCCUGACCAGAAUGUAAGACAGGCAUUAUCCAGGAAUUAUAUGACAGAGGAGACCACCCACAGUGAACUGCAUCCUUCAGAAGUGAUCCCUGUUGUGUGUAUGUUCCCUGCUUGGUACUUAACUGCCACUGGUGUGUGGGUACCUGCUUUCCUACUUGUUCCCUUGCAUACAUGCAUUACCUUGCACUUUUUUGUCAUCACCUCAGCUACAACAGUGGUGACAGCUACUCCUUUAUUCACAGUCACUCUUAUAAGUGUUGUAUUUCAAAUAGGGAUGAGGUUGAGCUUGUAAUUUCUGUUUAUAACCUUAGAUUUCUUUCCUUCAUGGAAUAGGUGAGUGUUCUCUAGCCAUCCUACUCUUACACAAUAGAAAGGAUAACUCAGUACAUUCUUUGUCAGAAGUUGAGAAACCCAUUUCACUAUUUUGUUUAGCUGAGCCUUUAAAACUCUUAUCUGCUGACAGUCUCCUUGUAAAACUAGGUUAAUGACAUUAAAAGUAGAUCAGAGGAUUCAAAAUUUGGGGAAGACUAAGAAUAAUGAUUUCAGGAAGUUCAUCCACUAUUGAGCACAACUACACCAGUGUGAAAGUAAGAUACUUUAAUCCAUCUUGGUCAGUCCAUUGAAGCAGCAGGAUUUGACUGUGUGUGCAUGUUGUAAUCAAGUAUUGCUCCUGUUGCUAUUACUGCUGCUGCAUUAGGAAUUAACACUAACAUGAAACACCAACAGAUCUUAGUAACCUUUGUAACAUAAGAUCAUAAUUGUGUAGUGUGCUUGCUUUCACUACCUGUCUGUGCCUUCUGUGGUGUAGGUAAGUGUUGAGUGGAAGCUUUAAUUCAAGACUGGAUCUCCCCUUGGUUGUUAUUUGUUGUAGUGGCAAAGCACCUGACUAGAUUAGAUGAAGUGCUUGUUUUCUCUCAAGUUCUGCAAGUUUGAUCAGGAGCUUAUUAUCAGGAGAGAAGUAGUACUCUUAAUCAUUGGCACAGUUCAAUGGCUUAAGAGUAUUGUCUUUUAUUAAUAAUGAAAUAGGAAAUUAGAAAAUUAGAGGUCUACAAAUCAGGAUUAUAUGGAUUUAGGCCUUAUUGACCUUAGAUGAAAUGUGAAGGUAAGUAAUGAGCUUGUAGAAUGGAUAAGUAUUUCAUAUUUUUUAUUACAAUGAAGGUUUGUUGCUUUCUAAGUACAGGAUGGGUUGAAGAAUGUUUAUUGGUAUUUUUUGAAGGCUGUUCCAUGGUGUAGAUCAGACUUGAGUUUCUUCAGGGGGUGUGUGAGGUGGUGUGAUAUGGUGUCAGGUUUCAAGAAAACAAAGAUCUCCAUUCCACAGCUGGAUCCUGCUUUUGUCACCAGGUUAAUAUUUUAUGCAAUUGACAAACACAUUGCUCACUUACUGAUACACUUUCCCAUCUUUUCAUAGGCAAUAUUUUUAUGACCUAGUUUCAUGUAUUUUAUUUAUUUAUUUUUUUAAGUAGUCAAUAUUUUCAAAGUUUAUAAAAUGGUUUGACAUGGGAAAUCGCUAAGAGAUGUUUAUUUCUUUCAGAAACAUCAGACCGAAGUUGUACUCCACCCCUGCCUACUGAUGAAGACAUCCAGGAAAUAGCCCUGGCAGCCAAGGAAGCUGAGGACUUGGAGCUGCUGGAAUACCAGGGAUCAAGGCCACACAAGCGACGAGCCAAGGAUGGUGGGGAGACCUCUCAGGCCAAGAAGAGGAUGGUGGCUUCAAGGGACCAGUCCUCUGACUCCAACUCAAUUAUUGAUGAAGAACCCAACAGCCCACCUGAAGACAGCUAUGUGGAGGCUUCUCUAGAUCAAGAGUCUAUGCUUGCAGAACUCAAUCGACAAAUUGAGGAACACAAAAAAGAGCUGAGUGAGAUGCAAAAGACGAUUGGAAAUGAUGAGGAUGAACCUUAUAGUCCUUCUCAUGCUGACAGCCCCACUCCAGAAGGUGAACAGCUGAAACUUGAUACCUCCAAAAUUAGUAUUCCAGCUAAUUUACAAGAAAUAUUAGAUAAUAUUAAAGAAAAGGAAGCAGAAAUCAAGCAGAAAGAGCAAGAAAUUAAGAGGCGAUUGAGUUUAACAUCAGAUCCCAUUGUCAUGAAUUAUGGUAAAUAUCAUGCUUAUGAGAAAAAGAAAGAAAAAGUAGUCACUAAUCCAGGUAAGGAUGUUGAUCUCAGACCUUUGCUUCACACUAAGUCAAAUAAAGACAGUAAAACAGAUACAGAUUUGAGAGUUUUAAAGGCAACAACUGAAGAGAAAAAAUCAGAGAAAGUUGAAUCUGUAACAAAACAAGAUGAAGAUGUGGAUCUUCGCAUUAGAGACCCUCGUUUGGCCAGGGCUCAGGCUCAGGCUCAGGCUCAAGCCUCUGCUGCUGCUGCUACUACUACUACUGCUGCUGCUACCACUGCAGCUCCUGCUUCCACCACAGACAGUUCAGAGAAGGGUAAAACCUUGAGUAAAAUGACUGAUGAGGAAUUACUGGCCAAAGCCUUAGAGAUGGAAGACAGUAGUUCCAGCAGCAGACAGGCUGUUCCUGAAGCUGGUGCAGAAUCUCAGUUCCAUCCAGUCAUAUCAGUACCUCCUCCCUUCAUUCCACCAACCAUGCCAGCAGGCUUUGUACCCCCUGGAGGACCCAUAGUAGGGUCUGACCCUAGGACAGGCCCUAUGCCUCCUCCCAUGCCCCCUGGUCCCCCUCCCUUUAUGGGUUCAGUGAGUCUUCCCUCCAUGGACAUGUAUGGAUCACAAGGAUCUAGAAUGCCAGGUCCACAUGGUCCUCCAAGUUUUUCAGGUCAUGUUCCUCCAGGGGCAGGAGCUGGACCACUUGCAUCAGGAGGGUUCUCAGGGCCACCUGGCCCACAAAGGCAAAAUUAUCCAGGCCCUGCCUGGGAGGGUGGCCAGGGCUAUAGUGGCAGGGGGUGGGGACCAGAGUACAGGGACAGGGAUAGGGACCGGGACUGGGACCGAAACAGGGACUGGGAUAGAGACAGGGACUGGGACAGGGAUAGGGACUGGGAUCGGGAAAGGAAGUGGGAUUGGGACAGGGCGAGGGAGAGGGACUGGGACAUGCGUCACGGCAGGGACACGGGGCAUUCAAGAUAUCAGUACAAAGGGAGGAGGAACGAGGGGAAGGGGAAAGGCCGGGAUAGGAGCAAGGACAAGCCUGAGAAGGAAAAGGAAGCUCCUCCAAAGGAAAGUGAGGGCAGUGGGGAAGAUGGAUCUUUUCAUGAAAUUGACUAUUAAUUUGACUUUUAAUGUGACAUUAUGUAAUGUUAUGGCAAGGGUCCACCCAAGUUACUGAAAGUACCUAUUUGUGUCUUGAAUGAAACAGUAACACAAAGUAUUUCCCUUUGAAUCAUAUAUUUUAUUGUCACAUUAUCCAAAAUGUAAUUGCUCAUAUUGGGCAUCUAGGGACAAAUGUACAUAUUUCUGUGAAUACUUUAACUGACCAGUUAUCAAGGCAAUUUUUGUAUUGUGCAGAGUGGUGUGAAUGUGUGAACAUAUUGGGUCCAGCUUGUAUGCCGAAGAAAAUACAGGUCAGUAUAGAAGUAGAGCAUCAUGAGAAUUUUUUAGGACUUUAUAAAGCUGUCAGCUUUGUCUACAUCUAAAUGUUCAAUGUACCCAGAACACAAGAAGAAAAGCCAUAUUGUGAAUGUAGAUUUAUUUUUACCAAUGGGAUGAAUAUUGACAUUUGUAAAUAUGUAUUACAAAAUUUAGUUCUAGACAAUUUGGACGUAUAUAGUAUAUGGUUUAGCACCUCAUCUCACCUUUCCUACUGGAUCAGCUUGGAACAGACGUGAUGGGGUCCGUUUUAGUGUAGUAAGAUUUUUUUUAAAGAUAGACUUGGCAUGAGUGUGUUCUGCAAUAGGCACGGUGCAGCAUCUUCAUAGCAUCCUGUGUGUUACCUGCACCACAAGGCAUGGCUGCGGUGAAGUAUUGGUGUAUGGGUGGAGUUGCCGGUGUGGCAGUAUUGUGGCGGGAGUUGCAGUAGUCAUGGUUAUCCUGGUGGGUGUGAUCACAACAAAUCUAGUUCAUAAGCCUUAAUUUUAUAUUUAUAUAGCUAUAUAUGAAAUAUAUAUGUACAUUUGUGGACAUAGAAGAGCAGGCAUUCAUUGGAAAAGUUGUUGAAGAAUUUUAUUGUUACAAGAAUUAAUAUUUUAACCAACAUAAUGCUGAUGUCUUGUCUCAGAGAAAUAAAACUUAAUUUUUUGUUCAAGCACUUUCCAUUCCCUAAGAAAAGCUUUGUUUCCUAGAUUGAGAUAUUGAAAUAGAGUAACUGUGACAAGCCAGUGUAGAGUGGAUGCCUGCUUUCUGUGUGUCACUUGGUGGGGGAGUGCAGCACUAUCCCUGCUGGAUGCCUGGUGUACAAUGCCUGUGUAUUAUCAUUGUGCAGUAAUGCUCUAGACAGACCAUAAACUUGUAAGCUGCUCCAUGUGUUCCCCUGUUAGUAUGUUAGGUCAACAUUAGCACAUGGUUCAUUUGUCUGCUUUACUACAAUUAUUGUACUAUGCAACAUUGAGUAACUGAAUUAAUGUAUGGUAUAUUUUGUCAUAAAGGUUAUUUACCCUACUUGUAAACAUAUAUUAUUGCACACCAUGAUAGAAUUCCUGAGUACCGAGUGUCAACACAAUCGUUUCCUUGAGCAACACUUCCUGUCCAUGCAUCAUCUGUCUUAUUAAUUCACAUGCAUGUACUGCUCAGAGCAAUUUAUCACCUGUGUUUUCACAUUGUCUAAUGUUUUGGAUGGACAUUUUUUUUUCUGAUACUCACAGUGUUGUGCUUUCCAUAUUAAGUGAUUGUAUGCAUUAUUGUAUUUUCAGUAGAAGUUAUUACUUAGUGUUGCUUUGAAUGACACUGAUAUUUUCAGCUUUCAUAUUUUUGUUUUUGUUUUCAAUAAAUAGGUGCUGAAGAUAGAUAA